GUGCCUGCAGGAGUGGCGUCGAACGCUCUGCGGCAGCCGUACCUGUGGCUGACCAUCAUCCUGACGGUUCGGAUCAGCCUGCUGCCCGUCAUCUGCAUCCAGUUCUUCCAUAAAACCAUCUGGCCGUCUGUCAGCGACAAGGUCCAGAGGAACAAGAAUAAGUACCUGCAGCAGGCGGCGGAGGAGAAGAGGAGGGAGAAGGGCGAGCCCUCAGCCUUCGUGCAAAACCGACCUUCCCGCCGCUCCACCUACGCCUUCUCGCACACGCCCGGCUACGCCAACCUCAUCUCGAGCGGCCAGAGCAUCCGGCGGCGCGCGACGGCGCCCAGGAGAGGAGGAGGUGGCCGGAGGUCGUCUGAUCGGACGCCCGAGCCGGAGCGGAGCUGCAGCCGGAGGAUUUUAUUUCUGCAGAUGAGCCAGACAGGAAGUGACGGAGGAAUCCCUCCCGGUCGGGCUUCGCUCCGAACCGAUGACUUUAAAACACUCACCGAAGAGACGGCCGCCGCUACCGGGGGUUAGAGGUCACCCGCGUGACUCACAAUGUCGUUUAACUCAGGAUUAUUUUUAAAUAGAGACUUAUUUUUAGCAAGAUGGCCGCCACCGACUGACGUGGAGCUGUUAGCGGCGUAGCCUAGCAUCCACUGAGCACUUAGAGGAACCCAGCAGCUGCGUUCUGCUGGGUUCUGUCCGGUGAGUCCAAACCGGUCCUUCACCAGAACAUACGGCGACAAUCUGAUCUUAUUAGGUUUUAUUCUAGUAGAGGGGAUGUAAACUAUGCCAGACUGUAAGGCGUUUCGUAGAAAGUGAACAUUAGUUGUUGUUUCUGUCAUGUAAAAAUAGAGGAAGUGCUAAAGCACUUUGUAAUCAACUCCAGGAACUUCCUUCUGCUUAAGGGACUUUUAAACCGUUCUUCCUGAUUAUCGUUCUUUACCUCAUUUUACAGCUUCAGGAUUUUAUUAAAAUGAACUCUGAUGCUUCUCUCAGAGUCUUUGGUGAAAAUUAGAAUUUUUAACAUUUCUUAACUUUAAUCACAUUCUUGUUAACUUGGAGGAAAUGUGGAUUCUCUCUUUGUCUCAUGUUUACUUGGCUGAGAUGUUUCUUUUUUCCAGGUUUGUCCUCAGAUUCUGGGACAUUUGAAGCCAAACGGACGUUUCAGGUUCCGACUGUUACUGGAUCCUCCUCAUGUUGAUGGAGACGUGAGAGGAGGGGUUGACCUGCUAACAGCUUCUUUAUGUCACACUUUUAUCCUUUGGUUGUUAAUAAAAGCCAGCGGCACAUUUAGCAAUCUGAGUGACGUUUCAUUUGGACUCAGGAAGCUGCUGCAGGUUAUGGUUCAAAUUAUUCUUACAAAAUAAUAAAAAGGUCUAGAUAUUUAUUUUUUGCUGUAAUCUGAUUUCAUUAAAGGUUUACGUUUGUGCAGCCUGACUGCGUAUUCUGGGUGGAUUUGCAAAUUUAUUGUAAAGGAAUGCAAUGAGAAGAAUGAUUUGUGUCCCUUAGGGAGCUCCGUAGUUGAUAAAAAAUGUUAAAAUAAAAAUACAUUAACUUAUUGUCUUUACAUGUCAAUGAUUAAUCAAAAGGUUUACUUUCUUACAUUUUAAACUACUGCUUAUCUUUUGAUGAACUUCAUUAAAAUGGGACAUUUUAGUUUGAAUAACUUCAAAAAAACUUCAGCUCAACAGCAACAACUCUAUAGAAGAUAAAAGUGUCAUUAUUUUUCAGUGUAUUUCUGUUGACAUGAAUUAUUCAGACUGCAGAGGGCAGUAGAGAGCAGAGGUCAAUGUUUUUGAUAAGUGGAGCGUCAACAAUAUAAAUUAUUCUCACACAUCAUUAGUUUCUGCCAUCAUGCUAACUCUCUCUGUUUAACUGUAUUUAUUUUCCUUCCAUGUCUCAUAGCAGACGACACAUUAAAUAUGUUUUGGCCUGUU